GGUCUGAGACAUCAAGAGCGGACAAACAGAGCGACGGGACCAGCGGUCGGCGCAGCUUCUCUGGCCCCAGCGACGCCCGGAUCGUCGCGCACGGGCCUCGGCUGCGAUGGCCGGCCGCCACAGCGGGACGGGCAAGCGACGCGCUAGCCGGCACUCGCCGGACACUGGCAGCGGCAGCUCGUCGGACCGCGACGCGAAGAGGCGCAAGUCGAAACGACAACGUCGACCCAGUAGCAGCGACACGUCCGGCAGCGCCCAAAAGCUGGGCAGACACAGGGCUGCGAAGCGCCGCGAGAGAAGUGAAUCCUCGUCCAGCCGUUUCAGCAGCAAGAAAGGCAAGUCCAAGAAGCGACGCCACUCGAAGAGCUCGUCCGGAAGCAGCGGCUACAAAUCUAAGCGCAAGACUAGGGGGAAACACAAGUCGAGCAGCGGCGCGUCCAGCCACGGCAGCAGGGACUCGCACAACCACGAAACAAAAAAAUUACGGCGUCGUUCUGGAAGCCAGCCGGAAGCCCGAAGAAAGAGCGAAUGGCGCAAGAGAGACACCGAAAGCGACGCCCAGUCGCCGAGCUCUGCUGUCAGUGACGUGGCAGAGAGCACGCGGAGAGCGACGAAAAGACGUCGCCACCGGUCGUCUAGCGAGGAAAGCAACCGCCCAGAAACACCCCGCGAAGAGGUGAAGAUGGCCUCAAGGAGUGCCGCUGAAAAAAAGGUUCGCCCCGCCGGCAUCCAGACCAGCGAGUGCCGAGCAGCGGUGAAUUCGGCGGCUCAGGAGGGCGACUCGUUCGAAGCAGCUUCUAACGACGAGGCCACCGCAAACAAGAAGCGGCGAAAAAGGAAAAUGCCGCAUACUCCGGUGACCGACCUGUUCAACGCUCUCAACGACCCCGCAGCAGUGUCUCGCAGUGCGAACGUAGACGACUCGUCGAAGGCUACGCGCGAGACUCCGAAAGAGAACAACGACGAUCGUUCCGACGGCGGGCGCGAGAAGAAUCAGGCAGCCCCGGAUGUGCCACCGACGGAAGGGUCCCCUCUACCGAUGGAGUUUCCCGAUUUGGCUCCAGACAUUGCCGAGCUACUGCUGCAACUGUUCCUCGAGUUGCUUUUAAUCAUGCUUCUGCAGUACCUAGAUCAUGAACACCCUCAGGAAAACUUGCAGUAGGGAACUGGCUAACCCCGCGUCGCCCGAGGGCCACAUUUCUAUACGAAUGAAAUCCCUCUGCGACCUAAAGCAUGCAUAAUUAUAAUUAUAACCCGGGAUUUUUUCAGGUUCUAAAUUUAUCCUAAUUUUAGAUAUAAAGGUACGGUAAAGGCCUAUAUACCAUGGUUGCUACAAUUGUUUCCGAAUCGGGGACUGAGGCAUAUUCCUAAACCCAGCGAUAUCGCACUUGUGCCGUACAGGUUCACCUUGGAAUAAAUUGCACAAACGUAGACGACACAUAAAAUUUGUUUACCAAA